AUUGCCUUAGAUCUUGAUACCUAAAUAAAUAUCAAAUAUAGAAUCCUCUGAAUUUUAAAUUGUACAAUCAUUUAUUUUGCUUACUUAUUAAAGACUUCACAAAUAACUUAGUGAAUUGUAAUAUUUUAUUAAGUUUUAUGAGAUUGUUUUUAGAUCUGGAGUCAUGAUUGUUAAGAAACUCGUGCAUAUUUCUGAAAUUUAAUUGUGUAUUGAAAGUUGUGUAAGAUGGCCGAUUUAAAAUCAUUGGAACAUCCAACAUUAAAGGUUCCUUACGAGGUUCUCAAUAAAAAAUUUCGUACAACUCAGAAAAUACUUGAUAGAGAAGUUUCUCACUUUCAAAAUGCUGUUCAAGAAUUUGAACGUGAUUUAUCAUCAGAUGUGUCAAUGACAGAUACUACUCGUAUUACUAAUUUACUUUCUGGCAUGGUAGAAAAACUCAAAGUGUUAAAAAGAAAGGCUGAUGAAGGUAUAAGUGAUGAAUUACAAGCUGGAAUGGUAUGUAAAAAGCGUUUAGAACAUUUAAAAGAACACAGUUCUCCAUGUGAAGCAAUUGUACAAAAUUGGCGUCGGCGUCGCUUAGAUCGUAUGUUAGUAGAAUAUUUCUUGAGAUGUGGAUAUUAUAAUUCUGCAAACAAAUUAGCCAAUUUCUCUGAUCUCAAUGAUCUAACUAAUAUUGACUUAUUUAUGAUAUCAAGAGAAGUCGAACUCUCAUUAGCAAAUCAUGAAACAAACAAAUGUUUAGCAUGGUGUCAUGAUAAUCGUUCAAAGUUACGUAAAUUACAUUCUACAAUGGAGUUUAAUUUAAGAAUACAGGAGUUCAUUGAAUUAGUUCGUCAAGAUAAACGUCUUGAUGCUGUAAAACAUGCAAGAAAAUAUAUUUCAACGUUUGAAGAUACAAGAAUGGAUGAAGUACAACAAUGCAUGGUACUUUUAGCCUUUCCUGUAGAUACAGAAAUAUCACCUUAUAGAGAAAUGUUUGAUGAAUCCCGUUGGCAACGAUUAAUUGAACAAUUCCGACAAGAAAAUUAUAAUUUAUAUCAACUGUCUUCUCAAUCUGUGUUUACAGUUGCUUUACAAGCAGGGUUGUCUGCUCUCAAAACACCUCAGUGUUACAGUGAACAAAAAGAAGCUCGCAAUGCAAGUUGUCCUGUAUGUCAAGAAUGGUUCAAUACAUUAGCAAAGCCAUUACCAUUUGCACAUUGUAGCCAAUCACGUUUAUUCUGUUCUAUUUCAGGACUCCCUUUAAAUGAACAUAAUACUCCUAUGGUAUUACCUAAUGGUUAUGUUUAUGGUGAACAGGCUUUAGUUGAAAUGGCAAAUCAAAAUAAUGGACAAAUAAUAUGUCCAAAAACUAAAGAAUUAUACUGGUUAAAACAAGCAGAAAAGGUUUAUGUAAUGUGAAAAUAAAUGAUAGUACUGUUUAAUUUUACUAUGUGCCAUAAAUAUCUACUCCAAACUUUAAAAAAAAUCAUUCGCAAAACAGUAAUUUGGCAUUUUAUUUAUUGCAUAUAAUAUUAUAUUACAUUAUAAUCUAUAAUUAAUUAUAUAUAUAUUUUUUUUUAAUGACAAUUUUGUGGAAUUUUCUGU